AUGGAGGGGAAGGCUACAGGCAAGUCGCAACGUAAGCGGCUACAGCGGCAGCUGGAGUUUUACCUAAGCGAGAGCAAUCUCCGCCAGGACAAGUUCCUGCAGCAAGCCAUGGACGCACAGGGCUUCGUGCCCGUGCGGGAGUUCCUGUCCUUCAACAAAUUGAAAUCGCUUAAGGCGACGGAGCGCAUGAUUCUGGAUGAGGCUGACAAGUCGUCCACGAUUCGAGUUGAUCGUGCGCGCUGUUGCAUCGCCCCAAAGGUUGUGCCGCAGGUCGGCCAGGACCACGAAGCCGACGCUCGCACUAUCUACAUUGACAGCUUCAGCGCAGCAGAUGAACACGAUUCGCUGCGACGAACCUUCGCUAAGUUCGGCAAGGUCAACUUGGUGAGUCUGCCGAGAUUCGCCCAGAGCAAAAAGUUUAAGGGGUUUGGCUUUGUGGAGUUCUCCGAACGAGGUGCUGCCAACAACGCUGCUGCCACCUCUUCAGAUGCUGAUCUACGCGGAAUUCGUGUCAUGAGCAAGGCCCGCUGGACCGAGAUGAAGGAGCAGUUAAAGCGCCAGUUAUCUACUGCAUACGCAGAUGUAGUAAAGGACAGUACUAGCGAUAAGGCCGACGACGCUAGUGGGCCAGACGACUCUACUACUGCCAGUGGUGACCCGGUGAAGACCAUUGGAAAGAAUAAAAUGAAGCGCCGGAGGCCAGCGGCAGGUAGUGGUCAUCUUCACUUCGACGAUGACGACGGCGAGCCCAAUGUCAGCGAUGACAGCACGGAAACAACAAAAAAACAAAAGUUGUAA